UGACGUACGUUUCACCGUUAGCUCCCAAUUUGUGUGUAUUGCAGUAGAUUUUCUGCUGCAAACCUGGAUCGCCGUAUUUUCUUUCAAGUUGUUUCUUAAAAUUUUCACCAUUCCGCCAAUAAAUAAAUCAGAAGUCCACCGGUGGGAAACUUCUCAUCAGGGAAGGCUCGCCUUCAUUUUCCAAGCAGUUUUUAUUCUGACGCACGAGUGCGAAGGUGGUCCACCUUGGGAUACCAGCUGACUAGACCUACGAAGCUGAUAGUUAGCCACAUUUGAAGCAUUUCCUGGAAUCUUCCACUAAACUUGUCAGUCUUCGAUACUUCUUCUGAGGAUUUUUUUUUCUGUCCAUAUAUAUAUAUAUCAAAUAUGAAGUCACCAGUAGGAAAUCCAACUGUCGAGCUCACUACCGACAAAACAGUUUUUGAUAUCAUUACAAGUACCAUCAAAACUUCCGAUCAGGAAGAGCCCUUUAUUGUGGCAGACCUCGCUGACAUUGUUUAUAAAUUCAAACUAUGGAAACUAAAAAUGCCUCGAGUUGAGCCUUUCUAUGCUGUUAAGUGUAACGAUGCUCCAACAGUACUCCAUCUUCUAGCUGCACUGGGAACUGGUUUUGAUUGUGCCAGCAAGAAUGAAAUUGAAAGCGUUCUGAGCAUUGGUGUGGAACCAGAACGUAUCAUCUAUGCAAAUCCAUGCAAAACCCGUGGAUUUAUCAGGCAUGCAGCCAAUGUGGGAGUAAAAAUGAUGACCUUUGAUAACGAAAUGGAAUUGCAUAAAGUCAAAGCUCUCCACCCUGAUGCUGAGCUUGUUAUCCGUAUCAGAGUGGAUGAUAGUAGUUCAAUCUGCCAACUGGGAGUAAAAUUUGGAUGCAACAUAAAAGAUGUUCCCCAUCUUCUUCAAGUUGCAAAAGAAUUAGAUCUGAAUGUUAUUGGUGUAAGUUUCCACGUUGGGAGCAACUGCCAAGAUUCUGGAGCUUACAGUUCUGCCAUUGCAUCUUGCAGACAUAUUUUUGAUAUUGCUGAAGAUAUUGGUCAUCAUAUGGACUUCUUGGACAUUGGUGGAGGCUUUCCUGGUUUUAAGGGGCCAUAUGUAUCUUUUGAAGAGAUAUGUAAUGUUGUUGCUGAAUCUUUGGAUGAGCAUUUCCCACCAGAAAGUGGUGUACGCAUCAUUGCAGAGCCAGGCCGAUACUUUGUUGCAUCAGCAUUUACUUUGUGCACAAACAUCAUUGCAAAGAGGGAGACCUUCUCUGAAGAUGGGGAACCAAUUUGUAUGUACUAUGUGAAUGAUGGCGUCUACGGAUCCUUUAACUGUUUAAUGUUCGAUCAUGCAGAAGUAGAACCCAUUCCACUUGUGGAUCCUAAAUAUCGUCCAAUGGUAAGAAGCAGCGUUUGGGGCCCAACCUGUGACAGUCUUGACUGCAUCAUGAAAACGUGCGACUUGCCAACUUUAAAUGUUAGUGAGUGGUUGAUGUUUGAAAAUAUGGGUGCUUAUACCAUCAGUGCUGCGUCUACUUUCAAUGGAUUUCAGAAGCCAGAAAUGAGGUGCAUCCUUCCAGUACAUGUAAUGAAAUAUUUACAAAGCCUUCCCACCUGGGCCAAUUUACUUGAAGCAUUUGGUGAUCAGGUGCUAGACUUUUCCAAUGCCAAUGUCAGCACCGACUGUGACAUCACAAAUGGAAAUACUGACAAUAUCCACCUGCUGCCACAUCAAGAAUCUGUUUCUGCUUGACAUGCAAACUUCUACAUCUCCUCUUCACUGCAUCUCUCCCUCAUGAACUCUAUUCUCAUUUGUUAAAUGUUCUAUUACACUUGUUUUUAACCUUACGUUUUCCGCAGUUUUAACCUUAAAAUUUUUUUAUUUGCCUUAUAUUUUUUUUCCUCCUUAUUUAUUUUCAAAGGCAAGAACAAAAUUGUUUAUUCUAAACCUUUUGUAUCUGGUUUAUGUGUUUGGGAAAAAAAAGUCUGGUGGCAGUACUAGUAUAUUUUAGCUUUACUUACUCUAUCUACAAUACAGUUGUAGAUCUUGUAGUAAUUUCAAUAUAUUACAUUCCAUAUUAUCUUUCUACUCUAUUUUUAACUACGGGAAUAAUGUUGGCGUUUUGAAAGUUUUGCAAAUAAGUGACUUUGGAAGUUUCCAGGAAAUGUUUUCUUUAAAUGUAAAGGCUAGCAUGAUCCUGCUUAUUAUUUUGAAAACUUGUACAUUGUUUAAAUAACACUAUGUAUGUAUUUAUAAAAUCUUUGUUCUAUACUCUUGACGUAUUUAAUAAAUCUGUAAAAAGCACAA